UUGAACCUAAAAGCUCAAUAUCAGGAUCAUCUGUUAUUUUAUAGGCUGGGAGAUUUUUAUGAGUUGUUUUUU